AUGGCGGGAGGCUGGAGCGGGACCGAGGAGUACACGACGGACGAGGCUCUGUCGCGGCUCGGCUUCGGCCGGUUUCAGGUGCUCCUGCUCGGGUUCCUGGGCACCGGCUUUGUCGCAGAGGCUAUGGAGGUCAUGCUGCUGUCUUUCGUGGGGCCAUCAGUGAAGGAGGAGUGGGGGAUCUCCGGCGGGGCAGAGGGCCUCAUCAUCAGCGUUGUCAACGCCGGGAUGCUUCUCGGGGCGUGCGUCGGCGGCCUCGGUUCAGACAGAUAUGGUAGACGGGUAUUGGACAUUCACUUUCUCUUCAUUAGAAAAUUUAACCGUGGCAUCCCUCUUUUUAAGGAAAUCUCAAGUAACAAAAUAGGGGCCGGUUUUUUGUUCACUGCAAUUGUCAGUGGUAUACCUGGCUUCCUCUGCGCCUUCUCGCCAAACUAUGCAACCUUACUGGUUUUGCGAUUUGUUGUGGGCUUUGGCCUAGGUGGCAACCAUGUGCUCCCUACUUGGUUCCUGGAGUUUGUUCCGGCUGAACACAGAGGUUCCUGGAUAGCUGCUUUUACUUGUUUUUGGACCCUUGGAACAAUAUUGGAGGUUCUGCUUGCUUGGGCUAUCAUGCCAAUACUUGGAUGGAGGUGGUUGCUUGCGUUGUCCUCCUUGCCAUGUUUCAUCCUUCUUAUCUUCUCUGAUGUAAUACCUGAAUCACCAAGGUACCUUUGCUCAAGAGGUAAGAUAAGUGAAGCUAUGCUUGUCUUGGAGAGAAUAGCAAGAAUGAAAAACAAGGCUCUGCCUCCUGGCACUGUAACCUCUGAACCAACAAGAGGAGUCGACAACAACCAUGAUUCUCCUGUUACAAGGCUUUUACCUAUGCCAGAAGAUAGUCUCAUAAGUGGUGAGGACACAAGCUCCAAGUCCAAUCUCCUCAGUGUAUUUCGAGCUCUUUGGUCAGAGGCAGGCCGUCUUGAGAUGGAUACGAAGACGUUAGAGGCACAAAGGAAAACAGAAGAGGCGGAGAAGGCUUCAACUCAGAGCGGUGGCAAGAGUAGAGGUGAUCCACCAAUUACCAAGAGUGAGAUGAAAAAUGAGAUGAGGUCUAUGAUUCAGGAGCUCUUGGAGAUGGGUAUGAUUGACCCCAGGGUGGCGCCUGAACUGUAG